AACCCCAGCCGACCCCCACCGUCCCCCGGAGACGCAGCCUGAGUGGCAGGAAGACCGGUGCUUUGGAGAGUGGCUCUCUCUCAGCUCUGUCACGCAAGAACGCUCUCUGCACCGAGCCCAUCCUGCCAAGUGACUUAAAGGGAUUUAAGAAAGAAAGAAAGGAAAGAAAGAAAGAAAAACACUGGUAAAGAAAAAAGGGGCUAGAAGCCACGCAGCGGUGUGAAAAGAAGAGGUGGCGGCCUGCAGACAAAGGGGCAACGUUGCAAAGGGCCGUGGAAGUGGCCAGCCGGGAGAGGACAGGGUUCGGGGGGGGACCGGGCCAUGGGGCACGGCCCGAGGCCGCAGGGGCGCAGCGUGUAACUAGAGCGGGACCCCGCGCUCCACGGGGCCACGCCGGCCGCGCCCCAGGCCCCGGGCACCGAGGAUGCUUGGCCCCCACAGCCCUAUCUGAACGUGGUUCCUGGUGGGUGGCUGAGAAGAUACAAGGGCAGGGUCCCCUCUCCACACACACCCCAACACUGCCCUGCAUCUGCUGUGGGCACCCCAAGCGACGCCCGGCCUGGAGGCCCGGGAGCCGGGGAUGUGAGCAUAGCCCAGACCCACUCCGCGGCUGAGAACCUCCGCGGGAGCCCCAGGAGCAGUGACCCCCCCAGCCGGGCUCCGGGGCUCCGGGGCAGGCGGCAAAGCAGGUGUCGGGGCUCCAGGUCAGGGGAGUCCGGCUCCCCCCGCCAUCCACCAUGGUGGUGGCACACCCCGCCACCACCGCCACCGCCACGCCUGCAGCCACGGUCACGGCCACGGUCGUGAUGACCACGGCCACCAUGGACCUCCGGGACUGGCUGUUCCUGUGCUACGGGCUCAUCGCCUUCCUGACGGAGGUCAUCGACAGCACCACGUGCCCCUCGGUGUGCCGCUGCGACAACGGCUUCAUCUACUGCAACGACCGCGGGCUCACGUCCAUCCCCUCGGACAUCCCCGACGACGCCACCACCCUCUACCUGCAGAACAACCAGAUCAACAACGCCGGCAUCCCCCAGGACCUGAAGACCAAGGUCAACGUGCAGGUCAUCUACCUGUACGAGAACGACCUGGACGAGUUCCCCGUCAACCUGCCCCGCUCGCUGCGGGAGCUGCACCUGCAGGACAACAACGUCCGCACCAUCGCCCGCGACUCGCUGGCCCGCAUCCCGCUGCUGGAGAAGCUGCACCUGGAUGACAACUCCGUGUCCACCGUGAGCAUCGAGGAGGACGCCUUCGCCGACAGCAGGCAGCUCAAGCUGCUCUUCCUCAGCCGGAACCACCUGAGCAGCAUCCCCUCGGGGCUGCCCCGCACGCUGGAGGAGCUGCGGCUGGACGACAACCGCAUCUCCACCAUCCCGCUGCACGCCUUCAAGGGCCUGCACAGCCUGCGGCGCCUGGUGCUGGACGGCAACCUGCUGGCCAACCAGCGCAUCGCCGACGACACCUUCAGCCGCCUGCAGAACCUCACCGAGCUCUCCCUGGUGCGCAACUCCCUGGCCGCGCCGCCCCUCAACCUGCCCAGCGCCCACCUGCAGAAGCUCUACCUGCAGGACAACGCCAUCAGCCACAUCCCCUACAACACGCUGGCCAAGAUGCGCGAGCUCGAGCGGCUCGACCUGUCCAACAACAACCUCACCACGCUGCCCCGCGGCCUGUUCGACGACCUGGGGAACCUGGCCCAGCUGCUGCUGCGCAACAACCCCUGGUUCUGCGGCUGCAACCUCAUGUGGCUGCGGGACUGGGUGAAGGCGCGGGCGGCCGUGGUCAACGUGCGGGGCCUCAUGUGCCAGGGCCCCGAGAAGGUGCGGGGCAUGGCCAUCAAGGACAUCACCAGCGAGAUGGACGAGUGCUUCGAGGGCGGGGGCCAGGGCGGGGCCGCCAACGCCGCCGCCAAGACCACGGCCAGCGACCACGCCUCGGCCACCACGCCGCAGGGCUCGCUGUUCACCCUCAAGGCCAAGCGGCCCGGCCUGCGGCUCCCCGACUCCAACAUCGACUACCCCAUGGCCACGGGCGACGGCGCCAAGACCCUGGUCAUCCAGGUGAAGCCGCUGACCGCGGACUCCAUCCGCAUCACGUGGAAGGCCACGCUCCCCGCCUCCUCCUUCCGGCUCAGCUGGCUGCGCCUGGGCCACAGCCCGGCCGUGGGCUCCAUCACGGAGACCCUGGUGCAGGGGGACAAGACGGAGUACCUGCUCACCGCCCUGGAGCCCAAGUCCACCUACAUCAUCUGCAUGGUCACCAUGGACACGGGCAACACCUACGUGGCCGACGAGACGCCCGUGUGUGCCAAGGCCGAGACGGCCGACGGCUACGGCCCCGCCACCACGCUCAACCAGGAGCAGAGCACGGGGCCCCUGGCGGGCCUGCCCCUGGCCGGCAUCAUCGGCGGGGCGGUGGCCCUCGUCUUCCUCUUCCUGGUGCUGGGGGCCAUCUGCUGGUACGUGCACCGGGCUGGCGAGCUGCUGACCCGGGAGAGGGCCUACAACCGGGGCAGCAGGAAGAACGACGACUACAUGGAGUCGGGAACCAAGAAGGACAACUCCAUCCUGGAAAUCCGCGGCCCCGGGCUCCAGAUGUUGCCCAUCAACCCAUACCGCGCCAAAGAGGAGUACGUGGUCCACACCAUCUUCCCAUCCAACGGCAGCAGCCUCUGCAAGGGCACGCACACCAUCGGCUACGGCACCACCCGGGGCUACCGGGACGGCGGCAUCCCCGACAUCGACUAUUCCUACACAUGACGCCCGCCGCCGCCCGCCCCCACGUCCCAGCCCCAGCCGGAGGCCGACCCGGUGCGGGCCACCCGGCUGCGCCCAGCCUGAGCAACCCCAGAGGACAAGGAAGAGAAACUCCAUGAUCACUUUCCCAGCGGGAAGGGAAGUUCGGAGAGGGUUGACGAUUUUUGUAGAACACAACAGUGGAAAAAAAGGAUUUUUUUUUUUUUUUCUUAAGCGGAUAGAAGGCAGGAGGGAGAUUCGACAUUGCUGGAGACCUAAUUUAUACUGAACCGUGCCAGCCGGGGGUAGGGGGUGGGGGAAAGACUAAAAAUAAUAUUGCAGGAAGGGUUGGAAUUUUUUUUUUAUUUUUAUUUUUAUUGCCGAACUGGAAAGAUACUACCUGUACAACGUCCGUGCACACCUCACACUGUUCAGGGCUGUUACAAAAGAACCGUCAGAGAGAGAAGCGGCCGCCGGGCCAAGCCCCACGCAGGGAUCCCGCAGCCGGCGGCUCCGCGCGGGAGGACGUGAUGGAAGGUUUACAGGCUCCUCACAAAGGAGCCGGG